GGAAGCAGCAUCACCGCUGCCAACCACGGCCGUGACAGAGACAGACAUGCAUGAAUGGGAGAGAACAUGGAUGAUGUGCGAUAAUAACGAAAGAUGCCAAGACCAUCUCGAUCCGCUCUCGCCCAACUGCGUACGCCAGACAGAGCACACAGCAUCGCUCACUCGUGACUACACAGUGACCACACAGUCCGGAGAUAUGGAGAAAAACCCACCGCAGCCUAACAGAUGAUUCGGAUGGGCUUAAUCAAACAGUUUAUCUAGGUAAACUGACGUUAAUGGUUGGACACACGCGCGUAUCGCUCCGUGGUGCUUAUUUUGUGUCCAGCCUGCUACCGGGAUUGCGUACCACUGUUUGAAACUGUUGGGUGUGCGUGUGUGAUCAUUCUGUACUGUGACGAGCUUGCUCAAGGAUAUAGUUUGAGCUACAGUGCGCGAAACCGCCAAGUGUAUUGCUCGAAUCGAGUUCGUCGCUUACUACUUUGUGCCCAAGUCUUUCGUUUCACAACGCUUGCGCCUUGGAAACAAUACGUUUUACGGCUACUAGACGAGCUGAUAACAUGAUCAUAAACGCAGUGUUAGCGCUCUGAUGCGCAUGCCGAUUGUGUGUGUAUGUGAAUGUGUGUAUCUGUGUGUUUUUCGUGCCUUUUUAUCCUCGCAGCAUGGGAUUUAGUGACAAUUGUAGCAAAAUGAGUGAUCUGAACCUGCUGCCCAAGAAGCACACCAACUUCAGCAUCGAGCGUAUCCUGCUUAAACAAACUGCCGCCUCACCUUCCGACGGUAGUGGCGCGCCAACCACUAUGUCCCACUCACCCCAGCCACAGUUCGAGUUGCUCGAGCAAAAAGUGGACCUGACGGUUAAAACGUGCCUGAAAAUAGUUCAAUCGGCCACCGACCACCGUACGGCCGCAGGCUCCACUUCCGCCUGCACGGUGACCUCGAAGAAUGUUAUCCCGCUGGCCACCGCCGGAGACACCGGAACUUCGAUCGUGGCCCCUUCCUCCCAAACGCUUCUACUCGCCGGUCCGCACCGGCCACUGAACCGCGUUCUAGACAACCCGUGGUGCUCCCGGGGACCUCUCAUGUUCGAUCCCAAGCUCAUCAGUGGCCCCGGUCCCGCCGCCAGCUUCGGUGGCGGUACUCCCCACAAACCUGCCCAUUCAUCCCGGGGUGCCGUCGGCGAUGCUGCUCUCGGACUGCUCGGACCUGUCACACCGCCGUCACCCUCGUCGGCAGCAUCACCGUCGUUGGCGUCGUCGUCGUCGCCGUCGUCGUCACUCAUCAAAGCGGAAGUCGAGAGAAAAGUGGUGCUAAGCGCGUAUGCUAAUAAUAGUGUAAUUGAACGAAACAGAUUAUCUAUCAAUUAUCCUUAUCCGGUCGGACUGUUCAACGCGUACGCCUCGGCAGCGGCGGUCGCGGCAGCAGCAGCCGCCACCGUAUCAUCGGUUCACCAGUACCAGCAUCAUAAUCAGCAGCAGCGCAUGACCCCGUCAGCCCCGCCCGAUGCGUUGCUUGCCGCGGGUACAGCUUCGGCAUCGAUCGGCAUCUCGAUGCAACAGCAGCAGCAGCAGCAACAUAAUCAGCCGCAUCCCCGUGCGGCAAGUUUGUCCGCGGCUGCCAUAUUGGCCGGCUCGGGCACGGCUCCACUACACGCUGCCAGUGCUGCACUAUUUAACAGUUUCUAUCAGCUGCAGAAAAGUGAUGAAAACCAGAAUAGCAUCUUCGAUCAGGUUAGUGGAGAGGACGAAGGUGCCUCGGAUGGAGGCACAACGGUCACCUCGGGCGAUGGCGGCAAGGACUCGAAAACGGAUCUGUUCCACGCACAUCAUCUACACCAUCAUCAUCAUCAUCUGCAUCACCAUCAUGAGCCGGGCAGUGCGGGGGCCGCCGCCGCCACUGGUACGCUCUGUACGCUCAUGUUUCCCGAGUGCUCUUAUCAGUGUGCAAUUUGUGAUAAGAUUUUCGGAAACCAAGACACGCUUAUGACGCACGAAAAGAGCCACAAAACACCCCGCUUCGAGUGUGAAGAGUGUGGUAAGGGAUUUUCCCAGCUGCGCAACUACAAGUACCACGUGUCGGUGCACCGCGGAACGAAGGAGUUUGCCGCCAAGUGUCCGGAGUGUGGCAAAAUGUUCAACGACAAGGGCUACCUUAGCAGCCAUCUGAAGAUCCAUCGCAAUAAAAAGGAAUACUCGUGUCCCCACUGUCCCAAGUCGUUCAACCAGCGGGUGGCGUUUAAUAUGCAUGUCCGAAUACAUACUGGUGUUAAACCGCACAAGUGCAAUGAGUGUGGAAAGCGCUUUUCGCGCAAAAUGCUUCUCAAGCAGCACCUGCGCACCCACUCGGGAGAGAAACCGUACCAGUGUUCCGUGUGUGGUAAAAGCUUUGCCGAUCGUAGCAAUAUGACACUGCAUCAUCGAUUGCACUCCGGCAUCAAACCGUUCGCGUGUCCCAUCUGCCCAAAGGCGUUCACCAAAAAGCAUCAUCUCAAAACGCACCUCAACUAUCACACCGGCUACAAACCGUACAAGUGUCCGCAUCCAAACUGUGGCCAAAGCUUUACACAGUCAAGCAACAUGAGGACGCACGCCAAGAAAUGCCAGUUUAAGCCGCCAGAUUCCGAGUUUGUCUGAUCGAGAUCCUUGCUGCUGCCGCCGCUGCUAGUGCUGAGAGGCAAAUCUGUUGAUGUGAUAUUCUCUUUUAACGCAACUAUCUUAGUAUGAGGAUGUAGCCAAUUAUACAUAAUUUAUUUACCCGUAAUAAAUAUUUUACUGUCGAAACUAAAACUGUUCGUUGGCUGGGAGAACGAAGCGGACUAGUAAAUACAAGUAAAAAG